GGAUACUGGUCUCUCUACUUUUGUGUGUGCUGAGUUUCCCCCCAGUAGAAGCUGUCAAAAUAAGCAAGCGUCCCAUGCGCUCUCGAUCCUGUACAGACCGACCCGAGGAGCUUUUGGAACAGCUGUAUGGAAGACUCACAGCUGGCAUGCUCAGUGCCUUCCAUCAUACUCUGCAGUUGGAGCCCUUGGAAAAUGACCAGAACAUCAGUUGUCCAGUGGGAGGCAGGCUGGCUACUGACAAGAAAUACCGGCUCCCCAUCAAUCUCAACAGUGUCUCCCCUUGGUCCUACAGAAUCUCCUUCGAUUCUACCAGGUAUCCAAAAUACAUUCCUGAAGCCUACUGCCUGUGCAAGGGCUGUCUUACAGGUGAUUAUGGAGAAGAAAAUCUCCAUUUUCGAAGUACGCCAGUCUUCAUGCCGACAGUCAUCUUGCACCGAACCACAUCCUGCACGGGCGGCCGCUACGUUUACACUGAGGAUUAUGUCUCCAUUCCUGUGGGCUGCACCUGUGUACCAGAACAUGAAAAAGAAACAGCAAGUGAAUUCCAGCAUAGAUAAAAGAGCAGUGAAAUUGCUGGGGAAUCAGAAUGAUGACAAGCCAGCAUCCAAAUGAGGAAUGGAAAGGAGGCCAGAAACAAAGGAUGUUUUGGUUCAUAACUUCCGUUUCAGAGAACUGUAAUCUCUACUUCCUGCAACAGAGUUCGUCUCAGUUUAUUUCACAGAACUUGGGGUCAAUUGUAAUUAAAAUUUUACUUCCUUUAAAAAUGUGGCUCAGUGGCUAAGUCGCUGAGCUUGUCAAUCA